AUGGUCCUGACCCUCUGUGUUUGUCUCGGUCUGGUGCAGAGCCUGGUGGCCCGUCUGAAGGAGAACCUGGAGAAGUUAACGGAGGAGCGAGACCAGCGCAGCAGCAGCGAGAACCGCGAGAAGGAGCAGAACAAGCGGCUGCAGCGACAGAUCCGCGACGUCAAGGAGGAGAUGGCCGAACUCGGGAAGAAGGAGGCGGAGGCGAGCCGCAAGAAGCACGAGCUGGAAAUGGACAUUGAGAGUUUGGAGGCGGCAAACCAGAGUCUCCAGUCAGAUCUGAAGUUGGCCUUUAAGAGGAUCGGAGACCUGCAGGCGGCAAUAGAGGACGAGAUGGAGAGCGACGACAACGAGGACCUCAUCAACAGUUUGCAGGACAUGGUGACAAAGUAUCAGAAACGAAAGAACAAAAACCCGGGAGACUCAGACACAGACUCUGAGGUGGAGGACCGCGUGGAUGGGGUCAAGUCCUGGCUCUCCAAAAACAAAAACUCAGCCAAAAACCUCUCGGACGACGGCAGCAGUCUCAAGAGCUCCAGAUUUGCCGCAAACGUAGACGCUAAAGACUGGAAAGACGGUAAGGAUUGGAAGGAGGCCAACAAGGAGGGAAAAGACCUCGAAACUGCAAACCCUCGCUCCGUUUCGGUCAUGAGUUCGCUGAGCUACCGCAAAAGGACCACCGUGGAUUCGAAAGGAGAGGCUCUGUUUAGCGCUCUCAAAGAAAACGCAGAAGACGACUCGCUUUCCUACAAAUCAAAGUCUAAAAGUUUUGAUCUAGACGAUGACUGCUAUUCAGUCAGUUCAAGAAGGAAGUCCCAAGUCCCUGAUGACGCCCAGUCUGUGAUCUCUCAGGCGUAUUCAGAAGCUAAUAGCCGCGCAAGAAAGGGAAUGGACAGCAGAUGGGGCGAUUUCGACAAAGAAUCAACCAUUUCGUACAACGGCCCCAGUCGUGCAUCAACGCGUGCAGGUUUCAGUCCCGAAGAUGACGCAAAAUCAACGAUAAGCUUGGGUUUGUCGAGUCCGUUGGGGCGUCGGAAAAGCACUUCGAGACUAGACGAUGGAAAAAUCAGCCCUUGUUAUAGCAGGAGGUCUUUAGCCCGUAGCCCUGGUAGCGUGAGCCGAGCCGAUUCGCUAGGCCGCAGCUGCAGAUUGAGCGAAUUCGAUGUGGAUUUCGAUGACGGCAAAAGCACGGCGUACACGGAAAGAUCCAGCCUCAGCCCGGUGUCUGCCAGCGGACGUAGUGUUUCUAUGCCACCACCUCAAGGGAGAUCGUCGAUGCUAGAAAACGCCAGCGAGACCAUGGAUAUCAAAACCGUGAGUCAUCGCAACUACCUAGAUCCGGAUUUGGAAAAGGCAAUCAACGAAGUGCUGAGUUUCAAACCGAUAACUUUCAAGAGACGGAGUUUGGAAGAUUCAGAAGAGGACAAGACGAAAGACGAUGACGAUACAAAGAGCGCCAAUGUACAAUCACGACCGAAAAGUAGUUUGCGGAGGUCUGCUUCUGCUGUAGACUGUCUCAGGGCGACUCGUAGCUCCAGUAGUGCGAGUAGCCACCGACGAAGUAAAAGCAAAAAUAAGGGAAAGAAGAAAAAGCGUAGUAGCUCAGAGUCGGAGAGCUCGGAUGACGGACGCAGGAGCAGUUCCAAGAAAAAGUCUUCGAAGAAAUCCAAGAAAAAGUCAAAGAAACGCGACGUGUCUUCCUCAUCUUCCUCGUCCUCGUCAAGUUCGUCCGAUUCUGAAUCUGAUUCCAGCUCCGGCGCGUCCACAAUCUCCUACCGAAGCGCGAGUAGCAUCAAAAAGGCGCCACAUCUUGAACAAAAAGGACGAAAAGAAGAGGAAGAAAAGAGUGGACAACCUCAUGAUGAAGUAUCUGUACAGACCGGACAGCGAAUGAGGCACCCAACCAGCGGACGGCGGUUCCUGUUCGACCGCUCCGACGACGAAGAGGAGGAAGAGGAGAAGGAGGCGGGAUCACAUUAUUCCAGAUACAAAUACAGCAGCUAUCUGAAGGAGGAGGACGAGGACCGCGAGGAAGCAACCGCGUAG